CUUUUUACACCUCCACAACAAAACUAAGAAUAUAUAUAUUUUUUGAGGAGGGGGGAUUAGUUUCAUUCAGCCCGGAUCAGGCGAGAUAUUUGUAGUGACAGGCUACAGACAAAAGCAUUACAGGACUCCCGAGGUUUGCGUGCGCAAUCCCUGCGAAGUUUCUCGCCACUGAAAGGGAUUCUGCCUCCAGCUGCUCUGCACAGCCCGGAAAUCUGCUGGUAUUCAAGGGGAAGUUGAAGAGAAAGUCAGCACCUGCUCCUGUUCGGACUAUAUCCUACAAUAAGUUGCUGGACUUGUUUUAUUCACUCAGUUCUGCUGCGUAAUUAUCUGGCAGUGCGUGCGCAAAAGGAUUUCUAUUUGUUGGAUAAUACUUUUAGUGCGUAAAAGGCGAGCAAGUUUCUUUUUCAUUCGGUGUUACAGGCUUUCUACCGGUCCUCCCCUGCCCCUGAGGCUUUGAUGAGCCCGGAUACAUCUCUCCUCUCUCGCUGCACUGAUUCUUCCCUCCUCCCAGUCACCCAUCUCAGCCUCCUUUCCAUUUAACAUCCACAGAGGGAGAGGGACGCCCCGGACUGCAAUCUUUCCCCCAUUUUCAACAAGACUGGUAGGUGAUAGUGGCCAUGGAGCGGUGAAAAAUGCGUAAUCAGACUGUUGUAGGACGAAGUUGGAGGCCCUGCAUGAACACAGAAUAGGCGAGGAAACAGCUUAGGAACUUUUAACACCCUGAUCCAUCGUUUUUUCUAUAUUUUUUUAGUCUUGUGUAGCCUGUGUGUAGCUCUUCAUGACGGAAAGGAUGGCGCUGAGUGGGAACUGUAGGACUAACCCCAAAGAGCAAGCAUCAGUUCAGAACAGUUUCCCAGAUGUGGUUGAAUUAAACGUAGGGGGGCAGGUUUAUUACACGCGUCACUCAACUUUGGUGGGCACCCCGAAUUCAUUACUCGGUAAGCUGUUCUCCUCCAAAAAAGACGCAUCGAAUGACUUGGCGAGAGACCCCAAGGGCCGUUAUUUCAUCGACAGAGACGGGUUUUUAUUCCGGUAUGUGUUGGACUACCUCCGAGACAGGCAAGUCGUGCUCCCGGACCACUUCCCGGAAAAAGGGAGGCUCAGGAAAGAAGCGGAGUACUUCCAGUUGCCCGACUUGGUGAAGCUGCUGACCCCUGAUGAUAUCAAGCAGAGCCCGGACGACUUCUUCCAAAGCGACUAUGAAGACGGGUCCCAGAGCAGCGACCACCGGCAGUGUCCGCCGCCCUCUCUCGUCCCCGCGGACAGAAAGAGCGGCUUCAUCACGGUGGGGUACCGGGGGUCGUGCACCAUGGGCCGGGAGAGCCAAACCGACGCAAAGUUCAGAAGGGUGCCUCGGAUACUCAUAUGCGGGCGCGUGGCCCUGGCCAAAGAAGUUUUCGGGGAGACCCUGAACGAAAGCCGGGACCCGGACAGGACCCCGGAUCGGUACACCUCCCGGUUUUACCUCAAGUUCAAGCACCUGGAGAGGUCUUUUGACAUGCUGUCGGAGUGCGGGUUCCAAAUGGUGGCCUGCAACUCGUCAGUCACUGCCUCGUUUGUCAGCCAGCACACAGAGGACAAGAUCUGGUCCAGCUACACAGAAUACGUCUUUUACCGUGGUCCAUCACGUUGGUCCUCUCCUCCUUGUGACUGCUGCUGCAAGAACCACAAGGGAGACGGCGAGGGCGAGAGCGGCACCUCCUUUAACGAGCUCACCACCUCCAGCUCUGAGAGCCAGUCAGAAGCCAACUCCCCCGAGGGAACGGUCAUCCGCGGCCCAGUCAGCCGCCAGUCGCAUCCUCAUGCCAACGUCCAAACCCUGGACAGGCCGCCAAAAAAGGGCCCCAUCGCCAUGCUCCAGCAGUCCGAGCAGCGACGGAAGAGUGACUUGCUGCGCACGCUUACGGCGAGCUCCCGCGACACCAGCACCUCCAAGAAAAGGCCGGCGAAGGAGAAGAUGACGGUGGAGGAGGAGCUGGAGAAGUGCAUUCAAGACUUCCGCAAGAUCAAGAUCCCGGAGCGGUUCCCCGAGAGGAAGUACAUGUGGCAGGCCGACCUACUGAGAAAGUACCGCGUCUGAGCCAGGAGGCGGGACAGAUGGAGCAGACACAUGAGGCCAAGGAUCAGUUUACACAUUUUUUGAUCAUGACUUUUGCAACUAAGGGAGAUAACACUAAACUCAUUUGAAUCCAGUUUCUGAGGGAAACUUUCUCUUUAUGCCAGGAAGGUUGAAAGUCUACACAGAAGCUAGUAAGGAGCAUAACAACCAGACUGUUCUCUUACUGACAUAUGUAGUACGUAUGUGUGUGUAUGUAGUCUAGUAUGUACUUUAAGUAUGUGCUGUACCUUGCUGAAUGCUCCAGAGCUCUGAAUAAUUUAUCCCUGAGGACCAAUCAGAAUGGGCGAUAGACAUCCCCCAUGAACCGAUCACCCAACCGAAGGAUUGCUAAUGGCUACGUUGGGGGUCACUGAGGGUUACUGGACUGCACACACUGUCAUCCGUCAUAAUUACCCUGGAAAACCAUCACAGGAGCCACAUUUUUAGUCCACAAAGACAAACUGAUUUAGUAUGUGAAUGUGUGUGUUAAUGUGUGUGCGUGUUUGCACCCAGGUGGCCUAGAGGUCACAGAUAAAUCUACAUCAGGACCCAUUAAUAAUUCAUGCUGUCCCGACAGUGCUCUCACUAUAAAUACACCCAGAGCUCUCUGCUGCCAGGGUGGCGUAAACAGCUAGGUCAAUUACUCCACUUUUAGGCAACAUGUGGGGACUUCUGAGGCAGGAGCAGGUACAAUUUCAUCAGCAGCACAAUUAAUUUUCUUCUUCUAAUAUCAGUUGUACUGCAAACGUACCCAAGGUGUAUCAAUCUAUCCUGCAUUGCAUUGAUUUUUGCCGUGUUGGCUGGAACAAUUCCCAGGUUACUGUGUGGCGGAUAAGUGAAAGAGUAAAGUCUGUUAUUUGAUGGUCAAACCUUUGGGAAAUACAGAGGUCCAUAAAGAAAAGUAUCGAAUUUACAGACCUUUUCCAUUUACAUUGUGGGGAUUUUUGCCAAUUACUUCAUCAACAUUCAUUCCCACAUGGAAAGCAAUCAGUCGUGAGUAGGGAUGGGAAUGGAUAAGAUUUUAUUGAUACCAACGCCAUUAUCGAUUCGGGCCGUUAUUGAUUCUUGAUCAAUUUUCUGUUUGGGGAAAAAAGUAGGCCUAAACAGGUUUUUAGCAUCAAUGAAUCUACAGUGUAGAUUAAAUAAGAGAAUAUUUGUAGAGCAUUUGUUUUUAUGUUGGGUUUCUUAGUCAAAGAAAAACAAUUCCAAGCCUGCCUGAAUGGCAAUAAAGCAGCAUUAUUUACAGAAUAAACAGAAAGAAACAGAAUAUUUACCCUCAGUAAUGGCCAUUCUGCUCAGUUUGGAAGCAGUGCUCAUAGGGUCAAUACACAGGAUUCUUUAAAAUUAGGCCCAUGUUUUGUCCCUUACUUGAAACGAUCAUUGAAUAGACAUUACAAGCAGAAUUGUUGAGAUCUUUCUUUGUAAAAUGAAACCACAAAAUGAGACCAUUCAUCCUCUCCAACAUGUAAGAUUUCAACACUGUAGAUGCGUACUUUGACACCAUCGUUUUGCAAUGCAAAACUGUCAGAGACACAUGCCCGCAUCAAUUCAAAUAAUUGAUAAGCAUAUGACUCCAAUGGAUUAGACAAUUUGGAACCAAUUUUCCACGGUAGCGAUCAUCAAUUCCCAUCCCUAAUUGUGAAGUCAUUUCAACCAUGCUCGAUAUGAAACCUACAGCAAAUACGGACAGAAUGAGACACAGGCUAACCGUUCAACACAGAUGGAUGCUUCCUACCUUGAGCGUUGACACGGUGAUCAAUAGUUAUUGAUGACAGGGUCAGGUGAUGGAGCUGAUAGAUGUGGUUCUUGUUUACAGCUAUUAUUGAAGCCAUUGGGUUACUAACAGAGACAAGAUGGUAAUGAAUUUAGUGAAAAUUAGCCAUUAUUCAUACACAUCAUUUUGCACUCCUGGCUCAGUCGGACUCCAUGUGAUGUAUUGUGAUGUGGUUACAGAAUCAAAGAUGGCAGACAGCUAGUUUCAAUAGAAUGCAGUUUAAUUUCCCAAGUCGGAUGAUUGUUAUUUAUUUAAGGCUCUUGCUGGAUUAUAUGUUACUGUCAGAAUGAUUUGGAAAUUAUUUCAGGGUGCAAAUUAAAUCGCUGGCCAACGUGAAUGGUAAAAGCACACAGACAUUCAGUGAUAUUGUAAAUGUAAAACUUUUCUUUUGAGAGCUAUUGAUGGCAAACUUUUGAAGAUAAUUAUCAUUGAAUACAAUCACUGUUAGGUUAGUUCAUUGUUUAUUUAAACAGGUAGUGCUAUUGAAAUCACAAUCUCUGUUUUAGGAGAGACGAGUGUAAAAGAGAACAUUUAUAAAAAAGGAUUAAAAUAUUGUACAGGGGAUUAUACGACGGGUAACAAAUCCACGAUUCAGUAAGAAUUUGAGUUUUAGAUGUUACAAUAUUUUAAUGGUGCAAGAUAAACUGAUUUUAAUGUUUCAUGUGUGAGGGGAAAAUAAAAGCAUGCUGUCCAAAGUACUGUGGAAGGAAGCUUCCACACCCUCAUUAUGUCCAACGUGUGAGACAAAUUUGAUCCAAUAUAUUUAAAGUUUUCAUAACAAGAAUUCACUGAUAAGAUAAAGAACUGCUUAUAGAAACAUGUUUGUUGGUGACAGCUUCAGGUAAAAAGUCUUGGUAUUUAUGAAUAGUGUGAUUGACAGCUGUGAUGAAAGUACUUUAGGUUAUAAAGUUAUAAAUAUUGAUGAAAUGACUCGUAAAACAUGAAAGUUCACAAUGACCUUCUCGACAGUAGAAGGACAAUAAAAACAGAGGAGACAGUGUAAAGCGUUUUCACAGAGAAACUUAAUUAAAGCUCUUCAUUAUUUAUUGUUAUUGCAGCUUAUGAAAGUGCAGAGGGAUGGGCUAUAUUAACAAUCAUAGCGUUUACACAGCACAAAGUAGAAAGUUAAAUCAAAAGCACACACAAAUAAGAAUAAAAUAUGCAUAGUAUACACUUAUUCAAAGAUCCAUUUAUUGAAAAAUACCCCUUAUAUGUUAAAGAUGCACAAUUUAAAAAAAAAACUUCUAUUAUACUUAUUUUUCUAUCUAAAGGCCUUUAAAUUAUUAGAUUAUCAAAUGCCCUUAUGUUGCCCAUAAAAUGUAUUUCCCACGAGAGAAGUGGUUUAGAUUCUAGUUACAGUUUAUUCAGUGGUGCCCAUAUGUCUACUGUGGUUUAUUAUACUAUACGUUAAUAUGGUUGCAAUAGGUGCUAGAUACAAACCAAUCAUUUUCCUCAUGUCAAUACAAUGAAUAUGACUUAUUUUUCUACAUUGCUGGGAUAUUACAUUUUCAUUUUAAAGUCAUUUAUCUUGAGUUGAAGUUGAAAUAUGUUAAUCCAGAUGACACAUUAUAUGUAAAUAAACACCAUAAAUCAUACCUAACCAGAAUAAUGUAUUAUACUCUCUGUAUAUAACAUGCAAAUCCAUAAGGUGUGGCUGCUACGCUGCUUUUAGUGAUGCAGCAGGCUGACGCUAAUGUAAUUCAGCUAUUCUUGUUUUAUUAUUUAGAGUGUUGGGCCAAGGGGGAAAUAUAAUACACACCUGUAACAUAGUAUAUAUUUGCUUUCCGAGACAACAGUGUCAUAAACGGACUGUCAGCACAUUUGUCCGACUGUUCCACAGAGGCAGUCACUGGUGACUUAAGACAUUUCAGCCAUGCUGAAUUGCAAUCAAUAGAUCUGAAGAGGAAUGUGCAGGACUUAAAUAAACUGCCAAAAAAAAAGAAAAGAAAAGAAAAGGUACAAACUGUUCAACUGUAAGCCUGAAGCGUUUGUUAUUGUACUGUGCAGUCAAAAAGUGUUAGGACAGAGAUAUUUUUUGACUCUGGACUCCCGAACAUUGGACUUAAAAUAACACCACUAUGUUUCUAACAGUGUUUGUGUUUACAUCCACAUUGGGUGAAAAGUGUGAGAUUCUCAACCCUUUUCUCCCCUAAUUAUAGGGCAAUGACACUCAAUUUACAGGCGAGAGAAGAAAGAGUUUAUAUGGCCAACUUAAUUCUACAUUUCCCGAAAAGUUGAGAAUCGGGGGCCUCAUUACAAAAACGUCUAAAAUCCCAACUUAAUUAGGGAAAACAAUACGGAUUUUUGCAUAUUACACAAAUAUCUUUCCAAACUGCUUUUAAGUGCAAGUCCUAUCUUAUCAUCAAGACUGGAAUAUAACUAGAUUGUUAGAGAACUGUCCAAAGUCAAGAUGGCAUAGUGCUGUCCUAAUUUUAAAGAAGGUAUGGCUGUAUGGCAAUGAGGAUGGGGAACAUCAACAUUUUAGGGCGGCUCAAACUGUGUGAUGACUUUAAAUGACCAAAAUUCUACUAAAAUUUACAUUGUUAUUACAUUUUUAAUUAAACGAAACCCUAUCAAAUUUUGUCCUGGGCUGAUUAUUGAGAAUAAAACUUCUUGAGAAAGAUUUGUUUGCAGCCAAACAAUAAGAGCCUCUGACUCUUAGCUUAAAUGGAACGCCUGUCUAUGAUAGAUAGCUAGCCAAUGAAAAGUAAAAGCAAUUUUUUGGCUUGUUUCAUCUCAAGUAGCCUAUCGAUAUAUGCUAAUCAAAGUUAUAGAAUAGGAUAGAACACAGCCAUGAGUUAAGAAGCUGCCUCUGUAUUCAAAAUAUAUGUGAUUUUUCUAACCUUUGAAACAUACACGGUCGCCUGUAGAGCUGGAAUAAAAUUUGUUUACCUCUUUCCAUGAAAUUAUUGUGACAAUGUGAUUUCUUAUUGACAGAUAAAGUCUGUAUCUUCUGAAAACUUUAUUAAUAAAUCUCUUCAUAUCACAUAUCACAAUAAAAAUGAAACCACAACAGAGAAUUUUGUCUGAAAACAAAAUUAUUCCAACUUUAUAUGCGUGUAUAUAAAGUUGUAUGUAUGUUUAAAUCAAGCAGUUAAAUUAUUUUUCUGCAAUGAGGCCCCAGACCUUUAACAUCACAGUUUGUUACAGUUUAAAUCUAAUGUGCGGAGUAGAGAGCCAACAUAUAACAAAACUGACUGCACUAUAUUAAAUAUUUCUACAGAUAAUGUAUUCCCUGUUAGUUUUUCUGGUCAGAACCAAAAGAAAAAUCACAGUUUCUUUGUUGAUGAAUUGAAUAUUGUACAGAAGAUUCACAUGGACGAGAAAAAACAGGGAAGGAUUAUGAUUAAAGGUUACAUGCUGGUCUGCAUCAGUGUUGGGUAUCCUCACUUUCAAAAGUAACUUACUAUGUUACAGCGUUACUGACUGAGAGUAAAUUAGUUCUGCAUUACAAAAAUUUUAAUUUUUGAUUAUAUUAUAUUAUAUUUGAUUAUAUUGUCUGACUGUAACGGAUUGCUUAUUUGAAUAAGCAACUAAAUAACUGAUUACCUGAGUUGCAAAACGAACAUGUUACUUAAUAAAUUACAAUAAAAAAAGUAAUCUAAGUACUUACUUUUUAACAAGUUACUCUCUUACUUUGUAACAUGUAACAUGCCCCAACAAUGGUCUUCAUACAGCUUAUGAAUAAAAGAGGGAAAAGCUUAAUUAAGUGAGAAAAUAGUUUGCAUUAGUUGAAUUUUGCUUUAAGCUUUAACAGAAAAGUAUGCUGACCUAAAAUACUGGAUGAAGAUUUUUCUCCUACUACCCGUAAAUUUAGUUUUUUAGUUGCUGGUACAUAUUAUUAUCUCAAUGAUCCAAACACAGCAAACAGUUUGAAUAAGCAAGACAAAAAUGAAAGGUGAAAGUCUCUGAUUGUCGAGAGAAUUGUUGCUUUGCUUUUUGCAUAUUUUUUGUAAAGUUUUUUGGUCUUGUGCUGUUCCAAUCAGCCCAGCUUAUGAGACGUGAUAUUAGAGACGUGUGUUUGCUUGACUCUGCCUGCCAUUUUAAAAAUAUGUUGGAGUUUGUUUACUUUGAGUUGAUUCAACAAGGUCGAUCAGUCACGGAAAUCUAUCCCAGAGCAUUUUCAAACACAGAUUUGUCUUAAGAUGUGAGUUGGAAAUGCUGUUGAACAGAGUGAAAAUGGAAACCAAGACACCCGGUGGCCUUCUAGAGUAGAAUACAGCUGUUUUUGCACAAUGUAUAAAGUUAUAACGAAACACAAAACAAGAAAGUAUUCGAAACAGAGAUCAAUCACCUGACAUGCACAACACAGCCACUAAUAAUAAUAAUAAUGUGUGUAUCAGAGAGAGAAAGCUGAUCAGUCUUCACCUUUAGAGCACAUGAGAUGAUAUUCAGUUCUUUGGGCUUGUAAAGAACAGAUGAUGUAAAUCUUACUGAUAAAGAACGACUGCAAUUUUUUGUUUUAAGUUAAAUGUGAUGUAUGAAAAAAAAGAGAGACUGAACUGAUGUUAGGUUUGUCCAUUUAUGUUAAUCUUGGAGUGCCCGACUACAGUCUGUGAUUUUCCUUCCUGAAGUUAGUCAUGCCCUGCAAGUGAAGCCUGUGCACAUGACUGCAGGCCCCGUCAUUUUCCUCCUGCCUUUGAUGAGCCUGCGAACAACAGAGAAAAUCACACAAUCUGACAGCACCAUGGCAGACCUGGCACAUACUGUUCAAAUGGAGAGGGCGUCUGUUUUUAAUGUACGUUGUUCUGACACUAAAAAGAAAAAGAAAAAAUGGUUCAGAUACAUUGUGAGCAUGUUGGUAUACAAAACAUAUAACAGAUUUAACUUAGUCUGUUCUUGUGAAAAAGAUUAUGUCGAAAACUGAUAUUUAACAGAAAAAAGAAAACUUGCAAAAAAAGAAAAAAAAAAGAUAAACACAAAUGUGUUGAUAGUGUCUGCUGUUUCUCCACAGGUGUAUAACAUUAUCAAAUAAAAAGUCAACUCUGCAGUGUGACUGAGCUCCUGGAAAACAGAGUGAUUCUCACCCGAGCAUGUGAGCGUGGAAACACUUGUUUCUCUAAAAAAAAAUAAAAAAAUAAAAUAAAAUAGUAUUUUAGGAGUUACUAAUUUUGAAAAACCUGCCUAUCAAAGAUUUUCUGAUCUUAAAAUUACACAAAGAUUUACGUCCAGGAACUAAUACAAUGUAAAUCGUUAACAGCCAAACAUCUGCGGUGAGAGUUGCCCUGUAUUCCAGGUGUUACUACGUCUGCCUUUAGAGACAGUACAACUCAUCUGAGAGUCUUUAGAUACAAAGCAUAUGGUAAUUUUGAAAAUGUAUGACAACAACCAAUAAACAAGACAUUCUGUA